CCUGUUGUGCUCUGGCCAAUCGCAUAUAUGUGUGUGUGUUUUAGGAAGAGGUUUGAGCUAGCGUUGCCAUAUCUUUUCCUCCAGGAGACGAUUCCUGAAGUGCUCCGUUUCUUUCCCCCCCGACUUUACAGGAUGGGAGAGCGUGAGAAUAUAGGGAGGGCUGGUAAGGAGGAGGAGGGUUCAUUCAGAGAGGAGACGACAAAGAGGUGGAGAGCAUACAUGAUAUGAGUUUGGCCAGGUAGUAAGAAGAGGGAUCUGUGUAGCUGUCCUCUAGCCAGUGGAGUGUUGAUUAGAUAAGGUGUGCAUGCAAAUAUCCAGUGGUCAGUGUGUGAGUGGUUAGUAGACAAUACUGCGUGGUAGUCAGAUAUGCACUUCUGCAAUUAUCUUGGACAUCAGCUGUACUUCUCUACUUUGCAUUAUCCAGAAUGCUGAAACCAGAAUGGAUCCUCCAGGUCAUCUGAGACAGUGUCAGUGUGUCCUCCCUGCUCUCCCUCCUUUGUGGUCCUCUCGUCCCCGAGCCUCGUACCACGGGGAACCGUCUGCCUCCUCCUCUCCUGGCAGCAGCCCCCCUGUAACGGCGUAGAGGUGGAUUAGCGACCCUGUAAAUAUGCCUGGAUGGAGGUCUCAGUGCCGUCUCGUCCUGCUGAACUCCCUGACCUGCGGCCUGGAGAUCUGCGUGGCAGCUGGAAUCACAUACGUGCCCCCCCUUCUUCUGGAGGCUGGGGUAGAGGAGCAAUACAUGACCAUGGUGCUAGGGAUCGGCCCAGUGUUCGGUCUCAUCUUCAUCCCUGUUAUUGGCUCAGCCAGUGACCACUGCAACAGCAGCUAUGGCCGCCGUCGGCCCUUCAUCUGGCUGCUGUCCCUGGGUGUCCUCUUAGCCCUCCUCAUCAUCCCCCAUGCCGACCUGCUGGCUGCCUACUUCACCUGGGGCGGACGCACCCUAGAAGUGGCCUUCCUCAUCCUCGGUGUGGGCCUGCUUGACUUCUGUGGCCAGGUGUGCUUCACGCCACUAGAGGCGCUCCUCUCGGACCUGUACCGCGACGAGGAGGACUGCAACCAGGCCUUCGCCAUGUUCUCCUUUAUGGUUAGCCUCGGAGGCUGCGUGGGCUACCUACUGCCUGCGCUGGACUGGAGCCGGGGCCUGCUGUCCGUCUACCUGGGCGGCCAGGCAGAGUGCCUCUUCUUCAUGCUCAUCCUCAUCUUCGUGAUCAGCGUGCUGAUCACCAUGAAGGUGUCGGAGGAGCCACCGUGUGCUGGUGUGGCGGCCCUGGAGCCAGUUCCUCUCCUGGAGGCGGGCCGCUGCGGCAUUCCACGCUCCUGCUGCUACCUGCUCAAAUGCAAACUGCGGCUGCUCAAGUCGGGCCCGCUGCUGUGCCUGCUGAGGACGUUCUGGUCCAUGACGCCAGCCAUCUACCGCAGCUACUGCCACGUGCCCCAGGUAAUGAGGCAGCUGUGCGUGGCCCAGCUCUGCAGCUGGAUGGCCGUCAUGUCCUUUAUGCUCUUCUACACAGACUUUGUGGGGGAGGGGCUGUACGAGGGCGUGCCCAGUGCCGCUCCCGGAACCGCCUCCAGGCAGCGCUACGACGACGGCAUCCGUAUGGGCAGCCUGGGCCUGUUCCUGCAGUGUGCUACCUCUACUGUCUUCUCCCUGCUCAUGAGCCGACUGGUCCGCCAUUUUGGCUCGCGCCGGGUCUACCUGAGCAGCAUGGUGAGCUUCACUAUCUCUGCCCUGGUCAUCUGUAUGUCCAAGAGUGUGGUCCUGGUCACCGUGAUGUCGGCUCUGACCGGCUUUGCCUAUGCCACGCUGCAGACGCUGCCAUACACCCUCACCUGCCACUACCACAAGGAAAUGGAGGUUUACAUGCCAAAAAAGAAAACAAAAAACUUGCUUAAGUACGGGAUUGUGAUCAAGCAGGACUCGAUCACGCAUUUGACACCCGUGGCUGAGGAGGGGGGGCUUCCCCACAAACUGGGGGGCAACAACGGGCAUGCCUUCUUCAGCCAAGAUGGCUCAGACUACUACCCCCCUCCCCAAGGCCAGAAUGGGUCGUCCCACAAAGCCACGGGCCCCGAGCAGGAUGAGCCAGAGGGCUACGAGAAGCGCGGCGUAGGGUUGGACUUUGCCAUCCUGGAUAGCACCUUCCUCCUCUCUCAGGUCUUUCCCACUCUCUUCAUGGGCAUGAUCGUUCAGUUCACAAAGUCCGUCACUGCCUAUAUGGCCUCCUCCGCCAUCUUUGGCAUCAUCGCCAUCUAUCUGGCCAACCACAUCAUCUUUGACCAAAAGGACCUCAAGAGCUGAAAGAACCAGGAACCAAGAGUGAAGGAAUGCACCCCUGGCUGCACUACCACUCCCUGCGCUUGCAAUGCUACAGUGUCUUCACUGACCGUUGCCAUGGCAUUACCAAUGGAUUGCAAUGAGGCAGCCCGUUUAUACGUUUGUGUGUAUGUGUGUGGCAGGAAUGAAAGGAAAAUGUAUACCCAUGACAAUUGUUCCCUCCAGAAUUUACUGCAGCUAGUUACUGUGUCUACAAGAGAGAGACUGUGUCUGUAUAUUUAGAGUGUCUCUCACCUUGUUCCUUUCAGACAUGUAGAUGGCCUCUCAGAAGGGUCACUUCUCCUUCUCCUCAGGUACAGCUAGCUUCACAGCAUGAGCAUGAUCGGACUCCAUCAGCCCUUUUAGACAACUGGAAUACAGAUUUAUUACCAUUUCACUCUCAUCUAUGUGAGGAGUUUGUCAAUGCUAUAUAUUUAAAACAGUCUGCUGUUAGGGCUGGAUUCAAUCCGUACUGUGGAAGAUCUGUGUUAAAAUGUAAAUGUAAUUUCCGAUUAAGCCGACAGCAUUUACCGUGAAUGCAGUACGCGUGAAUGCAGUACGCGGGAAUGCGGGAACAUUGCCUAUAUCGUGGAUCUUCCGCGAUACUUCUGCAAUAUGGAUCGAAUCCAGCCCUUAGUCAAAGUCAACAGGAGAUUAUUGCCCACUUCUCAUGCAGACUGGCCAAGAGAGAAAAAUACCCAAUCUGGAGAGCCCAUCACCUGCUUGGGAAAGGAUCUGGGCUCACAUAGCUCCAUGCUGCUAAUGUAGGGGCAUUUCUGUCUGUUUGUUAUUCUCAGCCAGGUUGUGCUUGCAGUCACAAUGGGUGGAUUAUGCAUUGCUUACCGAAACAUACAUGUUAUCACACACGUGAUAAGUCCAAUGAGACCAUUGGACUUGUUCGUCAAGAAACUGCAAAUAGAAAAAUUGGGAAUAACUGGGGUAACUGGCCCCUAGGGUAACUGGCCCCCAGUUUUGGAUGGUUUUUGGUAAUAAACAGGUUUACUGUAUAUAUUUUGUAUAUGAAUUCAUAUAUUUCUAUUCCUAUGGGAAUUUCUUAUGCAACCUGUUUGGGUGAGGUCAUCUGUGUAACUGUGGUGUUGUUAGAAUGAAGUGGCUCAAUGGCAUCGUUGCAUUUUUGUUUGAAGUCUGUCAUCUCAGGAUAGUCACCUCUUUUCUAGAAAUUUCAGACAGUGCCAUAUUGUGCUAUUUAUUACAUCAUUUCUACUGCCAUUAUCACGUUCAAUCUGAAAUGACACUAGGAACGUAAAUGAGGUGAAUUAACCAAUGCUGUAAAAAAAUUCAGGUGCACUUCUUUUUGGAAACUCAAUUAAUAUUCCCAUGAGCAAAAUACCAAAAAGUCAUACUAGCAACACUGCAGCGUUACAGUGAACUGGGUUACUGAAAAUAGUUUUGGUAUGCAAGAUGACAGUUUUUUUGUGUUCUGUCAUAUUUUUUAUGCUUUUCUCUGUGUAUUGUACAUCUCUUUUGAAGGUCAACAUGGGUCUGUGAAAAGGUGUGUGUGUGUUUUUUGUUGUUGUUUAUUUUACUAUCCUUGUGGGGACCAGAAGUCCUCACAAGAAUAGUAAAACAAGGAGAAUUCGGACAAGUGGCAACAUUCCACCGGUCCCCACAAGGUAAAAGUCUGAUUUAGAGGUUAGGGUUAGAAUUAGGGUUUAGAGUAAGGGUUAGGUUUAGAGUUAAGGUUUAGGGACUCAAUUGUUUGGUCCCCACAAGGAUAGUAAAACAAACUUGUGUGUGAAUUUCAUAGUGCAGUGGAGAGAGCAGGGCAACAUGACAUGACUUCUUUGGAUGCAGUCUCUCCUGGAGUUCCAGUCACCUAACAGAAUACUGCACACAAAUAAUAGCUAUAAGCUACAGACUUUCUGUAUCUCAUCUGCUGCUGUACACUGUGGCCAGUUUAUUGGGUACACCCAUUUAGUACUGGGGCGGACACCCCUUUGCCUCUAGAACAGCCUGAAUUCUUCGGGGCAUGGAAACUUCGCUCAACUGUUACCGUUGACACCAAGCAGGAUUGGGCCAUGGACUCAUACUGUUUACACCAAAUCCUGACACAACAGGAACUGUCAUUUGUCAGAUCAGGCCAUGUUUCUCCACUCCUCAAUUGUCCAGUGUUGGUGAUUGCGUGCCCACUGGAGACACUUCUUCAUGUUUUUAGCUGAUAGGAGUGAAAUCCGGUGUGGUGGUCUGCUGCAAUAGCUCAUCCGUGACAAGGACUGACAAGUUGUACCGUUCUUUUCACGUUUGUGACCCACCUGUUAGCUUGCACGAUUCUUGUCAUUCUCCUUCGACCUUUCAUCAACAAGCUGUUUUCACCCAUAUGACUGCUGCUAACUGGAUGUUUUUUGUUUGUUGCACCAUUCUCGGUAAACCCUAGACACUGGCCGGCCGUUUCUGAGAUGCUGGAACCGGGGCACCUGGCACCGACGAUCACUCCAUGCUCAAAGUCGCUUAUGUCACUCGUUUUGCCAAUUCGACCGUUCAAUCGAACAGUAACUGAGUGCCUCGAUGCCUGUCUGCCUGCUUUAUAUAGCAAGCCACGGCCAGGUGACUCACUGUCUGUAGGAGCGAACCAUUUUAAUGAACAGGGUGGUGUACAUAAUACACACACAGUAAUCAAAAUAUAUUGUGGCCUUCAGUUAUUCUUCAAACGGGAGUUUUGUUAGUAAAACGCUUGUGUUACAAUCAAUAUGUUAUGUUAUAUGCAUUCGGUGUAUGAUUUGCCUACUUUUUCUGACUUUCAAUCAGAAAUAUGGCUGUAUAAUAACCAAACAUAAUGUAAUAGCUCAUUUAUGCAAUGAUGAGAUUGGCUAAAUACAGUUGGCCCUAUUGGAUAUAUACUCUCAUUUUGAGAAUGGGGUCAAAAUGAACUUGUUUUUUGUAAUAUUUCAUUGGCAGUUAGUGAAAGAUAAUACCACGUCACUCAUCGUUGAAAACCAAUUACUAAACAGACAUGGUAACUUUGUGAAAAUAACAGUUGACUUUGAGAAAAUUCCCCCAGCACACAGACAAGUAAAUACUAAUCUGACGUACUGUAGAACAUAUGGACAUACUGCCAUGCGCCUUGGGAAUAUAGCAAAGUUUUGCAAGUGCCUCUAGAAAUGUUUUUAUUUUUUGGACAUAACUAUUUAUUUAUUGUUCUUUUAAAAAUCACAAGCACAUAUUAAAGUAUUUAGCAUUAUUUUUUGUUGCAUCUGUCAAAAGUGUAAAGGGCAAAAGCUAUUUCUGUGAAAAACAAUUAUAAAUUGUUAUUUUUUUGUGUAGAUGUGGUAAGAGACAUCUUGACUUCAGCGCUAUAAUUUAUUUGAAUUUUCUUCCAUCCCACUCGUUCAUCGUGGGUUGCUUACACUCAGAUAGCUUAUUGAUCUCGACUGCUGUCAAUGUGUCCCUGUAGGAUGGCAAAGUUAUACUACGUAUCAUUAUUUCAUUGUGGCACUGUAAGUUGUCAGGAAUCCAACUCAACUCACAAAGUUGAUGAUUUCCUGGUUUACCUUGCAGAAUAGUACAUUGAUAUUUAAACACAUGGUUUUGUUUUCGCUUCUAAGUUGUUGGUUUCAUCCGGACUAUUUCCUCUAUGAGUUCUGGUUUUAAAGGAGCAACUUUGCUGGAUGUGCAUGUCUUCGUGAUGACUAAUAUUUUUGCAGAGUAUGGUAAACAACCUAUUGUAUCCUUAUUUAUUAGUAAACAGGAAGUAGUCGAUACUGUUGCAUCAGGAUAAUUUAUAACCACUGUAUUGUUUCUCUGUGUUGAGUUUCCCCUAUAUUUCGUUUUGUUGAUAUUUGUUAGACAUACACUAUAUAUACAAAAGUAUGCGGACACCCCUUCAAAUUAGUGGAUUCUGCUAUUUCAGACACACUCGUUCAUCGGGAGAUUCAUGAAAUGGGUUUCCAUGGCUGAGCAGCCGCACACAAGCCUAAGAUCACCAUGCGCAAUGCGUCCAUUGGAGUGGUGUAAAGCUCACUGCCAUUGGACUCUGGAGCAGUGGAAAUGCAGUCUCUGGAGGGCUGAAUCACGCUUCACCAUCUGGCAGUCCAACGGACGAAUCUGGGUUUGGCGUAUGCCAUGAGAAUGCUACCUGCCAACUGUAAUGCAGCCAACUGUAAAGUUGCAGCAAAGGGGGGCCAACUCCAUAUUAAUGCCAAUGAUUUUGGAAUGAGAUGUUAGACAAGCAGGUGUCCACAUACUUUUGGUCAUGUAGCGUAAGUAACCAUUGAAUUUCAAUAACUUAACAACAGUGUGUCCAAUUAUGUGUCCAAAUGCCCAGUGUUUAGGUUAGUUGGGUCUCAAGAUAGCAAGUGCCAAGGGUCACAUUUAAGAUGGCUUUGGUUAAUUGACAAAACUGUUUUGUAAAUGUGCUGGGGUGUAUAAGACUUAAUCAGGGAUCUAUUCACAUUGGUCGUAUUUGCUGAGGACUGUAUGAUUAUGAAUCUGCUAUUAUGUCCUCAGUUUUAAUUGAUGCUCCAAAUGUGUUGUUCUUUGUGUUUUCAGCCUUCAUAAAAAAUCAAAUUAUUUUGAUUAUAAAUCCCUCAGCUUGGGUAUUGUGCAGUCACCAAAUAGAUUUUUUUUUAAUACAAAAUAAAUGUACUGCAUU